AGGCGGAAGUUAGCAACGACGCGAGGCAAAAGGGCGAAGGCGACGACGUGCAAUCGACUUAAAACAUUGAAAAUGUUGAAAGAGUUGGUGAAUUAGCGACUCAUGGCGGCGGCUGAUGAAAUAUUGGCGCUGUUUGAAAGAACGAUAGCGUCCUACGAGGACGAACUUUCCAGAACGAGAGAGGAGAACGAGCGACGUCGACAACAACUGGAAGCUGUUAACAGUACUCACACUGUGUUACACAUUGAAGACGUCCAGCAGAUGAUUGGUCGUCCAGAAGAACAUCCCCCUCACCUGGAGGAGGGGAGCUCCGCUUUGAAGCAGGAGGAACCCCAGCCCCCACACGUUAAAGAAGAGGAGGAGGAACUCUGGAUCAGUCAGGAGGGAGAGUGUCUUCUUGGGUUACAGGAGGCUGAUCUCACCACGUUGCCAUUGAAUGUCGUCUCUGUAAAGGUUGAAGAGCUCGAAGACAAACCAUCUGAGUCCUCACAGCUGCUUGGGGCGGAGCCUCCAAGCAGCAGCGCAGGAUCCCAAGCAGACAAGCUCUUAGCUCCACCAUCAGAUAGCGAGCACACAAAGUCAUGCUCUCCUGAGGAUGGAGAAGCCUUGAGCAGUGAUGCAGAUGGUGAAGGUGAUGUGAGGACUCACACUGACAGCAAACACUCUGAAUGCUCUGAAAAGAAGACGGGUAUCAAACAGGCGACCUGCUCAGUUUGUGCUAAAAGCUUUUCUAAAAAGGCCAAUUUGAAUCGACACUUGCAGACACACACAGGAGAAAAACCUUUCAUGUGCUCCGUUUGUAGUAAAAGAUUCUCUCUCAAUGCAACGAUGGUAUCGCACAUGAGGACGCACACUGGAGAAAAACCUUUCACUUGUUCAGUUUGCGGUAAAAGUUUUUCCCAUAAGCGCUAUUUGACUCAACACAUGCGGACGCACACGGGAGAAAAACCUUUCAUGUGCUCCAUUUGUAGUAAAAGAUUCUCUCUGGGUGCAACCAUGCUAUUACACAUGCGAACGCACACGGGAGAAAAACCCUUUAGUUGCUCAGUUUGUGCUAAAAGUUUUACACAAAAGGUAGGCAUGGUAGCACACAUGAGAAAACACACCGGCGAAAAACCCUUUAGCUGCUCCGUUUGUGCUAAAACGUAUUCUUACAAGAAAAGUUUGACAGCACACAUGUUGACGCACAACGUAGAAUAAACCUUAUCUACUCAUCACAUGAUAGAAGUGUGAUGUCACAUGACAACGUAGAAUAAACCUUGUCUACUUAUCACAUGAUAGAUGUUUUAAAAAAAAAAAGGUGUUCCUCUAUGGAAGGAAGGCAGUGACAAGCACCUUCCAGUUCACACACGCCUGCCCCCUUCAGGGUGACAGGGUAAUGCCAUUGCCUCCCGUGUGACAUUUCCGUGUGCUGUGGUGCCUCGCAUGCACCGCUUAACGCACUUUUCUGUUAACAUCCCCAAAAAAAUGUUUUUGCUAAACUGUCACCUUGGCUUGCGUUCGCCCGCUUGUUUAGCUUACGCCGCCAUCUUGGGUCACAUCCAUUGUCAUCUAUUGCUUCAACCCGCUGAAUACAUGUUUAUUUUGUUCAUUGGUGGUUUA